AUGGGUACUACGCCAAGUGAGAGAGACAUGUUGAACAGUCUGUUUGGUAUUCCAGUAGUCCAAUCAAUAUGAGGCAAGUGAAAGUCGCCACAAAUGGAUGACCUGGUCAAAUUUGUUGGUGUUUUGAACAAGCUGCAGGGAUUCAUUGAGUUGCUUGAUGUAGUUCAAGUCUGUGUCAGGUGGUUCUUAUUUUCUGGAUGAAUUUCACACACUAACAUCUCUGCAUUGCUUUUGAGAUCUUUUCUUCGGACGCUUAGGAUGGUAUUACGAACUGCUAACAAUGUUCCACCGCCAGUUCUCAGCCAUGGAUGGCAAAUUCAUUUCCAGGCAAGAGUUCACAGUUUGCAAUUUCGGGUUUAACCCAAGUUUCAGUAACGAGUGUUUGAAGUUCAGUAAUCUUGUUAGUUAAGCUUCUUGCAUUGAAAUGGGACAUCGCAUGAGUGAAUGUUAGUGACAUCAUCAGGACCGGGGGAUGAUUCAGUGGUGCGAGGUGGAGUAGUACAGGGGACCAGGGUUUGUAGCCACAUCACCAGCCAACAAAAUUAAUAAAACAACAUGACAUGGAUUCCUAAAUGUUAUCCUUUAGGGUAACGAAAAUGUGCCAAAUGACCUGAUUCAUAUACAGCGGGUGAUGGUGAAGCUGUUUCUCAUCUACACAUUGAGAGGCUUGUGGCUGAGACAGUGGCAAAAACAUUGCCACUUGCCUUAUCAAGUGUCCUAGCUGCAGGGGACUUUAAAUCAUUGGGUGUAACACCUACACAAAGUAUAGAGUCUGCAGCCACUGACCAGGUACAAACACAGCCUGGCUCGUCUGGAGGGGAUUGCUUUUACAUCACUGAAUCAGAGGUUGAAUUCUCUGAUGAUUUAAGGGAACGAACCACUCAAGCCUUUUCAAAAUCCCUAUACCAAAGGAAGCAUGGCAAGGUCUGCUUGAGAAUUAUCCAUCCCUGAAUCAAUAUUACAUGCCCACAAUGGAGGCCGGUACAUGGGUAUCUUAAAACUAAGGAUGUGUUUGCAUUUGAUGAUGCCUUGGCUGAAAAGCAGGGAGCAUUCUUUCUUACUGCACGACCAAUCCUAGCAGCACACACUGCACUUGAUCACCCCAGUGAGGAGGAGGGUCCAAAUCCUGAUCUAGUUAAGGGAAUGCUUCUAAAUGCCCUAGUCCUUCUAGGCAAUGCUAAUGUUUGUCUAAAUUCAUGGCCACAGCAUCGAUUUUCCAAGUACCUAAUGGAUGUUGGCAAGUGUACCGUUAAGGAAGAUCUUCCCAGAUCGGUUUCAUAA